AUGCCGACGACAGAGAAGCUGUUGGUGCAAAUCUUCGAGAGGAAGAAAUGGAUCGUCAACCAAGCCAAACACCAGGCCUACCUCUUCGAGCAACACCUCACCUCCAAAUGCCUUAUUGACGGAAUUGCCCCUCCUCCAUGGCUUUUGUCCUCCUCCUUUGACCCCAAUCAUGUAUUGAACAAACCAGAGCUGAUUUUAGGAUUUCCACUCCCUCGCACACAGCCCGUGAUCCAUUUUACCGGUAGCCAUUGCCCCGUGUUUGACAAGCCAGUUCCUACAGCUCACAGUGGGCAGCUACCAAAUGGUUUGUGCACUGAACGUCAUGGUUUUGACAGAGGUUUCAGUGAAGGAGAGGAGGUUUUGAUUUUGCCACACUGCCCUGUAAGUAAUGCUGGGUGUGCCUCCAAUGGCGUUCCUCAAGACCAGAGAGAAGAGGAUCCUAGUGUUACAUCUCCAGAAGAUCAGAAGGAUGCAAGGAUCUCAGGAGAUGAGGUAUCUAUUUUGCCACAGUGCCCCAUUAGUAACGCUCGUUGUUCCUCUGAUUGUGUUCCUCAAGAUCAGAGAGAAGAGGAUCCGAGUGUUACGUCUCCAGAAUAUCAUAGGGCUGCAAGAUUGUCAGACAUUUACCCUUACCCAGCUCUAUCACCAGCUAGAGGUGCAGGAGAUGAGGUUACAAUUUUGCCACAGUGCCCCAUUAGUAAUGCAGGAGCUUCCUCCAAAGGUGUUCCUCAAGAUCAGAGAGAAGAGGAUCCAAGUGCUAUUUUUCCUGAAUAUCAGGGGGAUGCAAAAACCUCAAACAUUUAUCAUGACCCAGAUCUAUCACUGGCUAGAGUUCAAAGAUCCAAGUCCAGACAAAGAGCUCUCGCAAUUCGCAACAGUGCCAAUAAAAGCAGUUCACAGGUUAAGAACAACGUUAAUGAUUGUGCUGGUGGGAUUAUUGGGUGUGCGAUAUCUUUCCUACAAACUGACCAUGUUAAUGAAAUAAACUUAGUCAAGCCUCCUGAUACAUGUGAUAAUCUAGAGUUAAGUGCAGUAAAUGGGGAAAAACAUUCAAGUAAGGAGAAUUCUUCUGUGGAGUUUGUCUCCAGAAGUACUGGGUCACAAGUUGUGCGUAGUGUUGAAAGAACAGCAAAAGGUUCCAGCUCCUACAUGUCUGGGUCAAAGAAUUGUAGCAAAAGAUGCCAGCAGCAACAUAUUGGGUCAAAGAAUAAACCAGUCAAUGGAUCUAGAACUAAGUGCAGUGAAUUCACAGAUUCUUCAGACAAGGAAAAUGUUGCAGAUCACUAUGCUGGUAGAAAUACAUGCGCAGAAAUUAAUUGUGGGGCAGAGGACAAUUCCCAGGUUUUGGAUCACAGGGGUACACAGUCCAGAUCUGCUGCUUCAAACAAGGAUUUGCCAGAAAACCUGACUUAUGGGGUUGCAGGAAUCAGGCAUCUGGAUAUGUCCAGUACUAUGGUACAAGAGGUACCUUGUACACAAACCUGUGAAUUUGUUGAAGUUGCAAGUGUUGGAGAAACUGAAAUUGAUCCUGAUGGAUGUAUUGAAGCUAAUCCUAUUCGUUCUGGAUCUACCUUGGAUGGUAAUGGGCUUAGAAGUGGAGGAGGAGUUUUACACUCAAGGCAGCCUGCUGAUUGUGCUUUUGUUAAUCCCAAGCAACUUAAUUUUGAUGACGUGGAAGAGUCCUGUUUGAAUGGAAUUUGUACUCCUGCUCUUAAGAAGGGAAUGCAGGGAAGGUCAUCAGAAAAAAGUUCUCUUUCCUUGAUGCAUGCUGAAAACAUAAUGGCUGAAGGAAUAACUGUCAAUUACCAAGACAAUUGUAACACACCACUGGAGAUGAGUUUUCUGGGGGGGUCGGGAAGUUUCCGUCAGAGGAAAGGAGCUCCAGAUGCCUCGAAUGAAAAUGCUGCCUCAUCAGUAAAAGAGACAUCCAAUGCUCAUAAGGAUGGAGUUGCCAAUACUUUGCUAGAAAGUGGCAAAGUUCAGAAAUCCUUUUUGACAGAUAAUCCAAUGGGCUUGCAAGUAGCCCGGGAAAGUUUGGUUGAAAGCCUGUCUAAUGUUAAUGCUGCAAAACCAACUGAAUUGGUCACAGAAGAGAGUGCACUGUAUUCUCAUGCCGUUGGUAAUCCUACAGUAUCAACGGAUUCUGAUUUUACUAUGGUGUCCGAACCUGGUUCUUUCAGAAUCCCGGAUGCAAAGAAUCUUGCAGUUGAGAAUCCUUGUGCUGCUUCCAUGGAUGAGAUGAAGGGUUAUACCAAAUCAACUGAAUGCCAGAUUGCAGAGAAAUCCAAGGGAAGAAGUUUUAGCUCUUCUAUGCAGGGUUCAUGGCCUCAGCAUAAACGAAGAAAGAUUGAGCACACAAUAGUUGAUGAUCUGUCUUCUUCACGGGACUUGAUAGAAAAGGUUUUUCACACCAUCAAUAGAGAUUCUAUUUGUGGAAACUUGGGAAAUGUAGAGCAUAGUCCGAAUGCUGUACUAGAAUCUCAGGGCCUUUCAAUUUCUCAGGAGGAUGUUGUGAAAUCAGUUGUCAGUAGAAUUCCAGUUGAAGAAACACAUCAAAAUGAGGAUCACCACAUGAUAGAGAGGUCUGAAUCUUCACCUAAGGCACAUAUGAAAGAGGGUGAAAUCAGCGUGGGAGGGGGGGACAGAAGUGGGAAUGCACCGUUCACUUUUAUGCAUGAAGAAUUGGAAGCAUCACUUCUCUCAAGUUUGAUGAAGCAGGCUGCUGGCCCGUCUCAAGAUUGUUUUAUGGAGGAAACAGGAGUAGCACAUCCAACUAGCAUUAUUGUUGAUACAGGAAGUCCAUGCAUAGAAGGAAACCAUGUUUCUCUUCCUCUAGAGGAUAAUCCUACACUGGGAAAUGUUGACAAUUGGACUUGCGCUGGAAGAGCCAUGCAGGAAAAGAGAUUUGAUCUUGGAGGGACCAGAAAUUUUUCAUAUUUUUCAGUUGGUUCUCCAUGUGGCCAAUCCUUGGAUUUGAUUGGUGGUGAUGAUACAAAGCCUGAGCUUGAGGGGUUCGUUUUAGAAACAGAUGACGAACCAACAAGCAUUGCGCGAGAGGAUAUUAACUUUGAUGAGUGGAACCUUCCAAGCACUACAUUUGAACGUGCCAGCAUUUUGGAGCAGCUUUGCAAAUCUGUUUGCAUGCAAACUCCAAUAGCAUGCUUUUCAGCUUCAAAUAAGUCGCACAAAAUUCCAAAUCUCUAUCAGUCUGUUCCAACUGGGCUUCUAGAGGGUGGUGUGGAUAUGAGGAUCACCUUGCCAAUGAAUGAUGCCGUCAAGCCGUUAAAGGAUGGUCAUAGUUGCUUGAGUGAGGAAGUUGGCCAGGCGUUUAAUGGAAGGUCCUAUUCUGAUUGCCUACCAAAUCGUAGUGGUCAAUCUGGUUGGGACAUUAAGAAACCUUACAUAUCGCCAGUUGGGAAACUCUGGGAUAGAACUGGUUCAAGCACUAGCAGUUCGGGGAAGCGAGGGAGCUUAAAUCCAGAACUUCCCUGCAUUAGUGAAGAAAAUGAGAAUAUAGAUGAGGUAUCUGCUACUUCCCGAGGUGGCAUUGUUUCAGAAGUAUUAAAUAGCUCAAUACAAAGAGUACCACUUGCUGACAUUACUGAAAUUCCAAACCCUCCUGCAUCAGUUUCGAAAGCUGAACCGCAUGCUGAUAGACUUAGUCUAGAUUCAGUAAACGCUGAAUUCAGCUUAACGGGGACUAGUAAGAGCUUCAAACUGAAGCAUGGAAUCCAAAACAGCAUCAAGAGAAGAUAUAACAACAAGGAGAACCUGAGCAUAUCACGAGGAACAAAUGAUAUUAAGAGGACCAUUGGACCACUUCGUAAACCAAAAUUAUCUGGAAAAACCAGCUUGAGAAAAGGUGGUCCAAGUUUGUCAGAGUGGGAGCCUAAGCGUAACAAUAUUGUGUCCAGUAUGACUUCCUUCAUUCCUCUUGUUCAACAGAAACAAUCAGCUGCAGUUGUAACAGGGAAGAGGGACAUCAAAGUGAAGGCCCUGGAGGCUGCCGAAACUGCAAAGCGUCUUGCACAAAAGAAAGAGAAUGAGCGCAAGAUGAAGAAGGAAGCCUUGAAGCUUGAGCGGUCAAGAAAGGAGCAAGCGAAUAUGAGGCAGUUAGAGCUGCAAAAGAAACAGAAAGAAGAAGAGAGGAAGAAAAAAGAUGCUGAUAUGGCAGCAAAGAAGAGACAAAGGGAAGAGGAAGAUAGGAAGGAGAAGGAAAGAAAAAAAAUGCGUGUUGAAGCACGGAGACAGCAGAGAGAACAUGAAGACAAGUUACCUGCUGAAAAAGAAGAUAAAGAAAUGAAACGCCAGGCCAUUGAUGGAAGAGGACAUGAGAGUAAGAAAUCUAAGGAUGAAACAGUGCAUAAGACAAUGGAGGAAGAAAGGGAAUAUGACACUUUCAGGAACAUUUCAGAGACUGAGCCUAGGACUUCCAGGGUUUCAACAAGUAAUGCCAGAAGAGAGAGUAUUAUCCAUGAAGAACACAGUUUGGCCUUGAGUAAUUUUGGAUAUAGCACAGAGGUACUGAGCAAUGUAGACAAAGCAAUAGACAAUGGGAAGUCCGCUGCGAAUACACAUCAAGAACAGUCUUAUGAAAUCUCUCCAUACAAAGAAUCAGAUGAUGAAACGAAGAAGAUGACGAUGUUAUACCAAAUAGUAAAUUUGUUCCAUCAUGGUCAAGUCUCUGGCCAGAAUGGAGCAGACCCAGGGGCGAUCUUCCCCCCAGAAAGCUUUUGCAGUAUCUCUGAAGGUAUUGCUGGACUAAAUAUCCAAGUUAUGCUCGUUUGUAGUUCUCUUGCCUCGGAAGCAUCAUCUAAACUACAAUGGAAUGCGUUAAACUCUAUUCAAUCUAUUCUUCGCUCAACUAGUCGAAGAGCUUUUGGUCAAGAAGAGGUAACAGUCGCACUCUGUCUGCAUAUUACCGUUGGAAUUCAUUAG